UGCACCUGUGUGAGCUCAAACUCGUCUGUGCUAAAACUGAUGUAAAAUAAUUUAUUGAUCUACUAUAUGUUUGACUUAUAAUUAAACUGUGACUUUUCUUCGUGGAGGAUGAAGACUUUUGUUUUAAAUCAAUAAGACAAGAAAAUACUUAAAGCGUCGCUUCAGCUGCCUGCUCGAUUUUUUUAAUCAUUCAUUAGUAUUAUAUUUUAUUUUGAUUAUUAUAACUUAUUUUCGAACGUAUCACCCAGUGAGUGGACAUGCAGCAGCCUGAGAGCCAACAGACAACUCCAGCGGCAGCAACAACAGAAAUAAUGGAUCCAGCAGAUCAGUACCAGCGUCGGAGGACAACUGCUCUGUGGUUGUCCAUAUCUCUGCUGUUUCUGUCUGUGCUGGUGCUCACUGUGGGAAUCAUCUCCUCGACUCGCACUGACAAUGUGCCCGUAGCUGGAUAUUUCCCUGGCAUCGCUCUGAGUUUUGGAGCUUUCCUGGGCAUUGUUGGCAUCCACCUGGUGGAAAACCGCAAACCCAUGCUCAUUGCAGCGAUCAUCUUCAUCAGUAUCGGAGUCAUCGUGUCUUUCCUCUGCUCCAUUGUAGAUGGGAUCAUCGCCUCAGAAUUCAUUGACAUAAGACCACUGCAGGAGGACAUGUGUGACUUCUACUCCAGUGGAUCCGGCUACGCUUAUGACAGCUACUACACAGAGGUGACGUGCCGCUCAUUCAACAAAGAAUGCAAGCUCAAACUGAGGAGCAACACCUGCUACUGCUGCUACCUGUACAACUGUGAGAGGACAGACUAUCACACUCAGUACUAUGAGUUCACUGGUGUCAGCAGCUGCUGGGAUGUGAUCCACCUCUACCGUCUGAUGUGGACCUCAGUGGUGCUCAACAUUCUCGGCGUGUUCCUGGGCAUCAUCACUGCCGCCAUCCUUGGCGCAUUCAAGGACAUACGAAAGCCGACUCCUCAGAUGCCUUCCAGCCCAGCGCCUCCACCUCAUAUCCUGUACAACCCGACCCAGCACAUGCUCACGUACAGUGGCUUCUGUCCUUCAGGACAGACACUGCCUGCCUACCCCAACUACCCAGUGGCCAUGCAGCAUAACAGCAACUACCAGGCUCCUACUACUCCCCAGCUGAUCCCUGACGGAGGCCUCUCCUCCACCUCCUGCCCAUCUGAGGAGAACCAGCAGCCUCCUCAAACCUCCACCCAUCCACAGUCUCAGGGAGGAACCCAGAAACCAGGAGGCUUCACGUCGACUCCCAAUGCUCCCGUCCUCUAUGGAUCCUCCUUCAGCGCCUUUGAAAAACCACCUCCUUAUGCCUGCUGAAAACUCACACCAACAUCACACCAACAUGUGUUGACAUUGUCAAACAGGAUGUAGCACACUUACAUUAUUUCAUAAAUGUGACCAUUUAGACGGAUAACACUCCAGAGAACUUCAACAAAUAUUUAUUUAAAUGCUAUUUAAUGUCUCUUUGCGCAAGCAAGCCUGAUUUAUCUGUUAUUAGGCCUGGGCAAUAUGGCCAAAAACCUUAAGAAACAUUAAAA